AGUCGUCUGCCAGUCCUUUGUUGUACUCCACUUGGAGGGGAUGAUCGCUUGUAGCUAGUUAAAGAUUGUAAUCCUCGCCAAACUGACCCAGAGUCAGUCCUGUUUUCUGCAAUUAGUUUGAAUUCCUGGGUCAGGUUUGGGCACGAAUUGUUCAUUGUCCACCAUUUGCUUUUGUUCUGUAUCUUGAAGUGGACCUGGACCAUUUGCCCUUGAAGGCUGAGUAGCACCAUUACAAAGACGGGUAUAAAAUUACCAAGGACAGUGCCAACCCUGUGUGUGUGUGUGUGUGUGUGUGUGCGUGUGUGUGCGCGCGCCCCCGCCCGCCCGCGCAGAGGUGUCUAUUGACAUACAACAGUGCAUACGUGUAGAAUCCCCACGGACCUUUGCAUUGUAUGUCAAUAUUUUGUUACUACUAUCUGUCCCAUAAACUCAUACAGAUGAAUGUGAAACCAAGUGCAUAUUUCUCAGUUCUAGUUCUAACAAUGGCUUGUCAUAGUUGUUGGGUUUUUUUUCCCCAUUUGUUUUUUUUUUCUGUUGUUGUUUUUUUGUUUUGUUUUUGGUCGAGUUUGGCCGUUAGCUCAAGCAGAAAGGCAGAUCUGUAUCCCUUUCACAUCGGAACAGUUUUACUGUGUCACAGAGGACUUUUUAAGCUGCCGCUGUGGUUUCUUUGUAUUCUUAUGGAUAUUUAUUGAGAAUUAGUCAUUCAGUUGAACAGAGUUUUUAAAGGCGAGUGGAGAAAAAAAAAAGGAGAAAGUGAAAAAGUAACUCAAUAUUAUAGGAAAAGAAGACAACAAAAAAACAAAGCACUAGCUGUAAACAAGAUGAGGAAAGUAAAGCAUUAUAAAACUAGUACAAUGACGCAUUGGAUUUGAGUGUUGUAUGGGUCAGUAGUGCUACAACCCUGUGAGGGAAGGACAGGAGGGAAACAUGCAGGACAGGGGUUGUGGACAUGGCUGUAGAACAGAAGUGUGGUGGGAGUGGCUAUGUAAGUUCUGAACCUCUGUAGGACCAGAGUGUAAGUGAGGGCAUACCCAAUAAAUGGGCAUAGUUAUGUUAUUUGUCGCAGUGAGUGGCCGGCGUGGGUGUCUGCGGACAUAUGCAUGUGAAUUGACACCAUUUCGCAUGCACAAUGACCGUCAGAAGUGUCCUGUAAUUGUUGUGCCUGCACUGGGGGCUGAGGACCCCACCCCAAGGGUCGGGCCCAGGAGUCCACCUCAGAGCGGCCCGGUGGACAGGACACCUCCCGCACCGAGGCAUCCAGGGUGGUCCACAGGCGAACCUGAAAACCUGCCACCCGGAGGAGGCUUUAGGGACCCAAAGCCACCGCCUAGCCAACCCUCACCCCGCCCCCAGGAGAGCGAGAUGCCCCCCACAAACUGUCGUAGUAGUUGACUGUGACUGGAGUCGAUUGGCCAUGGACCCAUUUAGCCAGCUCAUCCUGACCAUCUCAGUUACCAGCUUUUUCACCUUCCAGUGGCUCUUCCACAAAGUCAGCCCCUGGGUGUCGACGCAUGUCAGCCCGGGCUUCCUUGGCCUCAGCGAAAAGCAGAAGGUGGAAUGGAACUCAAGGACAGUAUCGACUCUUCAUGCACUGUUGGUGGGAAUCUUCUGUCUUUACAUUUUGUUCUUUGAUGACUCCAUCAAUGAAGACCCAGUUUGGGGAGAUCCUACUCUAGUGAAGACUAAUGUUGCCAUCACAACAGGCUACCUCAUAUCUGAUCUGUUGCUAAUUUUUUACUAUUGGAAGGCGAUAGGAGACAAGUUUUUUGUAGUGCAUCAUCUGGCAGCAUUGUAUGCUUACUACUAUGUACUGGGCCAAGGCAUGUUGCCUUAUUUUGCUAACUUCCGUCUGCUCGCAGAGUUUUCUACUCCGUGUGUGAACCAGCGCUGGUUCUUUGAGGUUUUAGGUUACCCAAGGACCUCCCGACCCAACAUGGCAAACGGCGUGGCCAUGGCCGUGGUGUUCUUCACGGUGCGCGUGGCCGUCAUGCCCGUCUACUACAGCCGCAUGUAUGCCGUCUACGGCACCGAGGCCUUCUACGCGGUGCCCUACGGCGGACGCCUGGCGUGGAUCUGCUCCAGCAUCUGCUUGGACAUCAUGAACAUCAUGUGGAUGCACAAGAUCGCCCGCGGCUGCUACAAGGUGCUGCGGUCGGCGCGCCGGAGCAAAGCCGACGCGCCUCAUGAAAACGGGAAGGCCGACUAAUGCGAGGAAGCAGACUCGACUUGUUGGUAUGCUAACUCGUCAACUGGCGCCACUACAGGAGCGAAUGUAAUGAGGAGGAAAUGUUCUUAAAACUGGCACAGGUAUGAUGGCUCAUCUGACCCGGACCAUCUUCAAGCCAUGAAAUGACCUCUGAGCAAUACUUUUGUAUUGCUUAUGUUUUUUUUUUAUAUAUAUAUAAACCGGAAAAAAUGUACCACUUUCGUGACAGUGGAGCCCAAACUGAUAUAGUUUACAAACUUUGACACGCACAUACACUGGUCAAACAAUGGUCACUGGUCGAUGGUCAGUGCCAUUAAAUCCUUGAAGAGGAAGGUUCAACCUUUUUUCUUACCUAAAUCUUUUUAUCACGUCACUCUCAAGGGACACAAUAAGGAAGAAAGAAGACUAUGACUAAUCUAAUUAGGAAUUAAUCUGUUAUUUAAGAGACUCGUUGACUAAGUAGCCUUUUUAUUGGAAACGCAUGAGAUUUCACAGAUCCUGAAAUAUUAUGUUGCCUUGCUGGAGAUUCAGGCAUUUAAAGGUUUUUUUUUGUUUUGUUUUUUUUUUUUAAAUAUAAUGGGUGAAGUUUUCUAAUGAACAAGAUGCACAGAGUACUUUUGGAAAUGCCGAAAGGGAAACUGAAGGUCAAUGUUGUGUUUGUACGCUAACAUUACCGAAGGGUGAGAUGAGUCGAUUAGAAUGCACGUGCGCAAAGUAAUACACACGGAAUGACAGUCACAUGUUAAAAUUAAGAUGUUUUAUUCAAGAAGCAGCAUAUUAUUUUGUAUUUAUUACAUGGUAAAAAAAAAAAAAACUUUUAAAACAUUUAAAGUCCAGCACAGUUUUGCCACUGAGCUGCAGUGUUUUUAUGGUUUAAGUCAUCAAUUGCGAUUCUAAUUGUUUUCACGUUUAGCCUAACAAUUCCUAUUGGAAUACGCAACAUUUUGGAUGUAGUAGCUACUCUUUAAUCGUGAUUUUUUUUUUUUUUGUCUCUGAAAACUUUCUGUGACAUGAGUAAAUGACUGGAAGCAAGAGAAUCAAAAACAAGCGUUUUCUAUUAUUGAAAAAAAGAAACACACCUGGCUACGUCCUGCUUUUGUUGCCGUGUUUAAACAAUAUUUAAUAGCGCAGUUUUCUUUUUCAGAUGCCUGUCUCUUCAGUUUGUUUGUUUGCCUUCUCUGUUCGAAUGUUAACAGAGGCUUUGUGCUUUUGGUCUUUUAACAGUUUGAAAAAUCCAGAAGCCAUCAAUUUUGUGCUUUUUAUUUGAUUCUAUUUUUUUUGUGUGUACACAGCAGUGCCAAGUUGCAGCUUUGAUCACGUGUCUCCAUGCACGUGCUGCUUUGUAUUAUAUGUGUGAUUGGGCUCACCUGAAGUCCAGCAUUAGUGUGAAAACCAUCACUUAAGAGGUGCCCUGUUUCUGUUAAUAUACGCAGAUGGAAAGUCAUAUUUCUCAUCUUUUAUAUGAUGUCGGUCAGUAUUCUAAUGGAUCUAAAAGGAGCGUAUGAGGAAUACCGGUAGUCGUCUUGUGCAUGUGCUCGAACUGCAUGUGAUAUUGUAUGGGGAUUGCACAACAAAUGAUUGCGUUCUGUUAUCAUUGUUAUAGACACACGCAGACAAACAUGUUUACCUUCGCUACACAGAACAUCACACAGCAGAUGUUCAAUGUUUUUCAUAUGCAGCACUGAAAUCAUUAGCAAGGGAAUACUUGAAUAAUCAGCAGUUUAUGAUGAUGUAUAACAAUCUGGGUAGUGCAAAUACCAAUCAAUCCUGUAUGGAUCUUGCAUUAUAUGUUUUAAAUGAUCAGGGGAUAUUAAUCGGUGGGAAGGCCAUUCUGUCCUCGGUUCAAUAUUGCAUGGAGGAGAAAUGUCAGAGAGGGGUCAUGGGCAGGGGAAGGCUAAGAGACAUUCUGUGAAUGUAGUAUUGGGAAAAGAGAAAAUAUUGAGCAUUAUGUUUUAAUUUGUUCCUUAUAAUAAAUGACAAAUUGACUCGUA